GCGUGCGCACCGGGCGGGACCGAGGCGACAUGAGUAUAGAACCCUCUUGCUAUGUCUCCGUUCCCCUAACUGGCGAGUGUCCUUUCGUGAACGACGAUCUGCUACUGAAAGGGAAGAACAAUAACCGCCCGCCAUGAGUGCCGCUGCAACUGCAACUAGGGUUUCGUAUUACGACUCCCAGCCUUGCGAUCCGGCAGGUAUACUUGCGAAUGCUUUUCUCGGCACACAGCUCUCGCACACCUGAAAGUCGAACCUGCGCUCUUUGUUUUUCCGUUUUCCUCCUAGUCCACUUGCCCGUCAGGCUAGCGACCAACACGAACACCGCCGCCUGCACGAACCCUUCAGUGUGCGCAAAAUUCGGUCUCAACUAUCUGACUCGCGAUUGUGGGAUGAACUUGGGGGACCUGCUAAAGCCGCCAACCAAUGGGUAUCAGCAGUACAUGAGGGCGACCAGAUACGUCGAUACGGCUUGCUUGAAGGACAGCGUAAUUGACUCCGUGUAUUACUAUCUCGGUACGCCGAUCCAAGAUCUGUGGGUCUGCCCGAAAGCAGCCUCUCAUCUGCUUCCACUACCUUAGCCGACGGAAAAUGCCACCCCAGUUAUUCCGGCUUUAUCUGGUUUACCGCUAACUGCACUACCGGCACUUUCACCCAAUACACCGACCAAGAUUGCUUGAGAACCCCGAACGCCACGU